AAUACCAUACCAAUUCUUAAGCACUCAUUGCUGAUUGUUGAACUACAUCAUCUAAUGGCUUCUUCAUCAAAGUUUGAAAGGAUUUACCAUGUUUUUUUGAGUUUCAGAGGGGAGGACGUUCGGAACAACUUUCUCAGUCAUCUCUAUAGAGCUCUUGACCAGAAAGGAAUCUACACUUUUGUUGAUAGUGAGGAGCUCGGGAAAGGAGAACAAAUAUUGCCAGCACUUAUGAAGGCGAUCGAGGAAUCGCAUAUCGCGAUCAUCAUUUUCUCCAAGGAUUAUGCUUCCUCAAGCUGUUGUUUGGAUGAGGUGGCAAAAAUCAUGGAUUGCAAGGAAGAAAGAAACCUCAUGGUCUUUCCAGUGUUUUACAAAGUGGAACCUAAAGAAGUGAAAACACCAAGAGAGAAGUACAGAGAAGCUAUGAUUAAGCACGAGUCCAAGAUUGGGACGGAUUCAUAUGAAGUGAAGAGAUGGAAGAAAGCUCUUUUCAAUGCUGGUAGCUUGUACGGGUGGCAUUUGAAAGAUGGGAAUGAGUCAGAGUUUAUACAAAGAAUUGUGAUGGAAAUCUCAUCUCGCCUAGACCGCACACCUUUGCAUGUUGCUAAAUAUCCGGUUGGAAUAGACUCCCAGGUGGUUAAGUUGAAAUCGAUGUUAAACCUUCGGUUUGAUGAUGAUGUUCUCAUGGUGGGAUUGUGGGGAGAGGGAGGCAUAGGAAAGACGGCUUUAGCCAAAGCCGUUUAUAAUGGUAUUUUCGAUCAAUUUGAGAAUUCAUGUUUUUUGGCAAAUGUUCGAGAAGUUUCAAAAGAUUGCAAGGAUAUAGUUACUUUGCAAGAAAAAUUACUAUUUCAGAUAUUAGAACUUAAAGAAAGAUUAGUGGUGUCCAGUGUUGAUGGAGGUAUCAAUCAAAUUCAAUAUAGACUUUGUCACAAAAAGUUCUCCUUAUCCUUGAUGAUGUGGAUGACCGACGCCGCUUAGAUGCUUUAGCAGGAGAAAGCAAGUGGUUUGGAAAUGGAAGUAGAAUUAUCAUUACUACAAGAGAUAUACAUUUGCUAACUAGUCACGGGAUAGAUCUAAAUCAUGUGUACAAAGUUAGAGAACUCAAUGAUGGUGCAGCUCAUGAGCUACUUAGUAAGCAUGCUUUUCUAAAUUGCCAAAAAUUCAAAAUCAGAACAGAUCUAGUGUAUGGUGUUCUAAAUCAUGCUAAAGGCCUUCCUUUAGCACUAGAGGUGCUCGGUUCCUUCUUACGUGGUAGAAGAGAAGAUGAAUGGGAAAGUACACUAGUUAAAAUUUCUAAGUUUCCUAAGAAAGACAUCAAUGAUGUGCUCAAAAUAAGUUAUGAUGGAUUAGAAGCUAAUGAGAAAGAGAUUUUUCUUCACAUUGCUUGCUUCUUUAAGGGAUGGACAACUGAGUAUAUAAAGAAAGUUCUCAAGAGUUGUGAUCUUGAGGCAAUAAUAGGAUUACGAGUUCUCAAUGAGAGGAGCUUGAUAAGAAUGGAGUCCCGAAACAUACAAAUGCAUGACUUGAUUCAAUUGAUGGGUAUGGAUAUUGUGAACAAAGAAAGCAAAGAUCCCUGGAGACGUAGUAGACUAUGGUUGUGUGAUGACAUUGCCGAUGUUGUGUCAAACAACAUGGGAGAUUGUGCUGUAGAAGCCAUAGUGUUGGAGCCACUUGAGUCGACAGAAAUAUAUAUCAGUUCUGAUGCUUUAACAAAAAUGAGAAGGUUGAGAUUGUUCAUUUUGCGGAAUGUGCAUAUUUCAUUCCAAGGUCCUAUAUAUCUUCCAAAUGAGCUAAGAUGGAUUCGAUCGGAUGGAUGUGCUCUCCAGAUCUCAAAAUUUUCCUCUGGUCGAAAGAAAUUAGUGGGACUUCAUAUGAGCAAUUGCAGUAUCACAAUAGUGCCAAAUCAAUUGAAGGACUUCCAAAAUUUGAAGUACAUUAUUUUCAAUGAUUGCAAGUCCCUAGUUUGCACGCACGGACAUCGUGUGUACUCCAAAUCUUGA